AGUGACGUUGGGAUUCGUGUGUCGUUUGGGUGCGGCAAUGCCCGACGAACCCUAAACCCCAGAGGAUAAUGAGAUGGACAAUGAAGAUGAUGGUCCUGUGGAAUUGUCUGCGCCGGCUCCCUGCCUUCGGAUCAGCUCUUGUUCAAACAACCCCGUCAAGUUUCCAGUGACAAUCUGGUUUAUGCCUUCCACAGCCGCCACUGUCGAAAACGCCCAGCAACUUCCGCACGACCCCUGGUUCUUCACGCGAGUUACCACUCCUUUCUUUCUCCAAUCAACCGACUUGGGCAAAUGCACGACAUCCCUCAAAUUCGUUCAAUUCGAGCCAAUAAUUGCUGACCCUCUUGUUGGUUUCAUCAAUGUGGUUGACAUUGUCCUUGAAAACAUAAAAUUUACGCAAUUUCGCUUCGAUGGUCUCGUAAAUCUUUCCAUGUUUGUCCAUCCAGGACUCGAAGAGCUCCAUGAGUUUAUCCAUGCAGAAGUCCCCAUUCAAGUCAUCUCCGCCUUGGUUGCCAUCGCCCUUGUAGGCACAGUGAUCGGUCAACUCGUGUUUGGAAUCCUUGGUGAUUACAAAGGGCGGCGCCGUGUAUAUGGACUGUCGCUGAUGAUCAUGGUUCUUAGUUCUCUUGCAUGCGGGUUCUCUGUUUGCAGGACAAGAACUUGUAUCUUGUUGAGUCUGGGGUUCUUCCGGUUCUUGCUUGGGUUGGGUAUAGGCGGGGACUACCCGCUGUCGGCAACAAUCAUGUCGGAGUUUGCCAACAAGAACACCCGUGGAGCGUUCAUAGCAGCAGUGUUUUCGAUGCAGGGGUUUGGGAUUUUGGCGAGCUCGGCUGUGACAAUGGUGAUUUGCUCCAUAUUUCAGAAAGCAUCGCAUGGGUCAAAAAUUGACGCACCGAACACUUCCGACAUCUCGUGGCGGUUGAUUCUGAUGAUGGGCGGCGUUCCGGCUGCAUUGACUUACUAUUGGCGGACGUUGAUGCCGGAAACUGCUAGGUUUACGGCACUAGUGGAGAGAGAUCCUCUGCAGGCAGCGGUUGAUAUUGGAACAGUGUUAAACGUUCCGCUCAAUCAAAUUUCGGAAGAUGCACCGAUACCGUUGUUUCCAUCGACGUAUUCCCUGUUCUCUAAGCAAUUCUUCCGUCGCCACGGCCGCGACCUCUUCUGCUGUGCCACUUCCUGGUUCCUCGUCGACAUCGCAUUUUACUCCAACAAUCUCUUCCAAUCCAGGGUUUAUUACAGUUUUAUCGAGGGAGAAUAUAGUGCGUAUCAAUUGGCUUUUCGAGUGGCCAAAUUCCAAGCAAUUAUGUGGAGAACCUUCUUGAAGUAUGGUAGAGUGUAUGCAAUAUACAGCCCAAGGAGGACAAACAAAGAAGGAAAGAGAUUUGGCUUUGUUAGGUUCCUUGAAGUGAAGAAUGUCAACAUGCUAGAGAAACAGCUAGAUCAAAUUAGAAUCGGUGAUCACAAGCUCAGGGUUAAUUGCCCACGUUUCUCAGAGGCAAAGAAGAGCACCCGAAAACCAAUCAUUCAGUCGAAGAUAGCAAGCGAGAAGAAGAGAAGCUAUGCAGAUGUGAUUUGGAAAGCCAAAGGAAACAUCACUGGGUGGACAGGGAUCGAUUUCAACCCAGGGAAGGAGGACUGGGAGUGGCUAGAAGGAACCUAUGUAGGAACAGCAAGAUCUGUGGAAAUAGUUCCAAUCAUUCAAGAAAGAUUUUACAUGGAGGGACUAUUCUCUGUGAAGCUAAGAGCAAUGGGGGGCAAACUUGUUUUGCUGGAUGGAGAUGAUAAAGAUGACCUCAAGGAUUUGAUGGAAUCAACAGUAGAUUGGCUCAAACAAUGGUUCGAUGACAUUCGCCCCUGGACUCCAAAUAGGGUAGCCAGCGAGAGAUUUGUAUGCCCAAAGGUGAGUGGCAUCCCUCUCCAUGCAUGGGGCCCAAACUUUUUCAACACCAUAGCAACCUUAUGGGGCAUAUUCAUCUCUUUGGACGAAAGCACCAGUUUAAAAAAGAGAUUAGAUGUUGCAAGAGUGCUCAUCUCCACCACAGAUAUGGGCUCCAUUUCAAAAGUUCUACAUAUCAAGGUAAAUGGUGAACCGUUCUGCAUUCGUUGCAAAGAAGAGGAGUUUUCAAACGGCCACUUCAACCUCAAAUCAGAUCACAAACCAUCAUCCCCUUCAUGCUCCGAGGAGGACGAUCUGGAACACUGGACUUCAAACAGUCCGUUUGAGGUGGAAUUUUCAGAUGAUAAUAUGAGGCUCCGGUGCAACAUAGACGGAGAGGUAGGAGAUGAAGAUGAUGUGGCCAUGAGCAGGAUUCAAAAUACUAAAAAGACGUUGGAGAAAGAAGAAAAAAAGGGCGGUCGACUGACAAAGGACAUAAUAGUGGAAAACAAAACCACUUUGGAGACAAAAGGUUCCCAAGAUCCGAAUUUUGCUCAACAAGUCGGGAUGGAGGCUCUCGAAAAUGAGGAGGAAAUCAUACAACAGAUCACAAACAUGGAAUCCAGAGAUAAAGAGGCAAAGGAAAAACUAAAAGAAAGAAGACGAGCCAGCAAGCUGAAGAAUUGUAGUCGGAUAAAAGGGGAAAAUUUUGUUCGCGUUUCUGGAAAUUGGGGUGAGAAAAUGCUGCCUGUAUAUCUAAUAAAUGUGUAUGCUCCAUGCGAUGUUGUUGUUAGAAGAUGCAUGUGGGAUGAAUUAAAAGCACUAAUCUGUGGCAGAAGUGGAAAUUGGUGCUUAAUGGGCGACUUUAACUGCAUUAGGAAACUCAAUGAAAGAGCUGGAGCAAAUGGCGCUUCCAGAGGAAUGAGGGAUUUUGAUAAUUUUGUAAGAGAGACAGAGCUGGUAGAUUUACCCUUAAUAGGGAGGAAAUACACAUGGUACCAUCCCAGUGGAAAAUCUAUGAGCAGGCUUGACAGAUUCCCAUUAUCUGAAGGAUGGCUGGAAAAUUGGAGUGAGGUAAAACAGUGGGGACUUAUGAGAACAGUCUCAGACCAUUGUCCUAUCAUCUUAAAGGAGCAAAAACCUGAUUGGGGACCUAAACCUUUCAAGCUUUUCAACGAUUGGGUAAACCAUCCAGAUUUUACUAAGGUUGUAUCGGAGGUUUGGAAGUCAACAAAGCCAGAAGGCUGGAAGGGCUAUUGUUUGAAAGAGAAACUAAAGGCAAAAAAAAAUAGAAUCAAAGAAUGGAGUUGCAAGGAAUUUAAUCUAGUAGAACUCAAAAUCAAGGAGGCAAAAGAGGGCAUCAAAGAACUGGACAAAAGAGCAGAACAAACACAAUUGACAGACCUGGAGAUAACCACACGAAAACAACUAUUUUAUGAUCUAUGGGAUGGCUUUAAGAUUAAAGAAGGUAGGCAAUUAAGUGAAGGAAUAAUAAUUGCCAAUGAAAUUAUAGAUGAUGCCAAAAAGCGGAAGAGAGAGUGUUUCUUGUUCAAAAUAGAUUUCAAGAAGGCAUUUGAUAAAGUCAGCUGGCGCUUCUUGGACUACAUGCUCAUGAGAAUGGGAUUUGGAGAUAUUUGGAGAGGAUGGAUCAGGGAAUGCUUGCAAACCAGCAUGAUAUCGAUCCUAGUCAAUGGUAGCCCCACAAGGCAAUUCAAGGUCAGUAAAGGCUUGAGACAAGGCGACCCCCUUUCACCAUUUUUGUUUUUGAUAAUAGCAGAGGGACUAAAUGGAAUCAUCACAAAGGCAACUGAACUAAGUCUGUUUGAGGGUGUGGAAGUAGCACAAAAUGGUGUCCAUUGUUCACAUAUCCAAUUCGCAGAUGACGCUUUGAUCUUCAGAAAAGCAUCGGAAAACAAUGUUUGGGCAGCAAAGUGUAUAAUGAGGACAUUUGAGCUAGCAAUUGGACUGAAGAUAAACUAUUCAAAAAGCCAACUCAUGGGGGUUAACAUAGAAGAAGACUGGAUGGACAAAAUGGCCGGCCUCUUGAACUGCAAGAUCGGGUGUAUGCCAUUCAAAUACCUGGGGGUCCCUGUUGGAGGUAAUCAUAGAAGAAUGGAAUUGUGGAAACCCUUGAUUGAUACCUUCUCAAAGAAAUUGACUACUUGGAAAGGUAUUAUCAAGACUAUUGAUAAAAUUAGAAAAAAAUUUCUGUGGGGAGGGUGUGAAGAGUCUAAGAAAGUCCACUGGGUUAAAUGGGAAAGGGUAUGUAAAGGUAGGCUGGAGGGUGGAUUAGGGGUCAAGAACAUGAGGGAUUUCAACCUCUCAUUACUUGGCAAAUGAUACCACAGCAUCAAGGAAGGGUGUGAGGAGGCUGAAGAAUACAAGCAUGCUGCAAACAGUUGGAAGGUAUCAGAAAUGCAACUAAGGAAACUUAGAGCCAAAAAUAUCAACAAGGGAGGUUAUGGUAUUCUGGAAGGGCUGAGCACUGUGAAAUCCGACAUGGUCGUGGUGUCGACACCGACACUUUAUUACGGUGUCGACACCAAACGGAAGAACUGAGCCCAAAUCGCCGACAGGGACAUGGUGUCGACACACAAUAUAGGUGUCGACGUCGAACGGAAGGGCUAAUUGACUAUGUAACUCUUGGCCUUUCAAACUGAGAUGUUUACGGGUUUGGGGGUACCCCUUGUACUCCGUAUCAAUAAAUAUUACUUUUGCUU